AUGCCAAAAGACCUGAGACAGAGUAAAUCAGGGGCGUGCACGGAAUGUCAGUGUUCUGGAUCUGCGCCGUGCGCGUACUGCGCUCGGAGUAAUAAGCAAUGUAUCUUUAGUGGGCCGCCUCAACGCACGCCGUUAACUCGACAAAACCUUGAUGAACUGGAACACCGAUGUCGCGCGUUGAAGAGGCUGCUCCAGAAACUGAAUCCUGACUUGGAUGUUGACCGUGCUUUGAAAGAGAUGAACAGAAAUGAUACACUAGCAUACGUCAGCAAAAGAGGCAAUAGCAGUAUAACUGAAGACAAUCCCGCCACACCAGAUAGAUUUGAUUGGUCCGAAGCCUCCCUGGUCUCGCCGGCAGCAGAGACGUACCAGUCCCCGGAACAGGGUCCAGACGGAAUGGCCUCACUGCCGAGUAGCAAAUGCGAUACGGGAUACCUUGGAACUGGCUCGGGAUCUAGCCUAAUGGAAACCAUCUCCCAUUUGCUUCCCGCACAACCGACAUUGGCUACUGGAGGGGAACGCAGUACUUAUAGGAAGUCUGUUGGACCUACAAAUAAGGGUCGACCUGAUAGUCUGGCCUUGGAAGGGUCGCUUUCUGACACCACUACCACGCUCGUCUCAUUGAUGCUUACUUUCUAUCGUAUAAUCGUGCAUAUCCCAUCUUACACGAGCCAACAUUCCGUGAAAGGUACCGCAAUUGGGAGUUGGAUAACAGGGGCCGACAUGGAGCCGGACGCUUAUGACUUCUAUGCUGCAGCUCGAUCGCGUAUGUCAUUGCGUAUGCUUGAAGUUGGAAAUAUCCUCACAGUACAGGCGUUUCUGUUAAUGGGUAAUUAUUUGCAGAAGCGUGACCGUCCUAACACCGGUUACAACUUCAUUGGCAUGGCAUACCGUAUGGCAUUGGGACUCGGUCUGCAUCGCGAGGCCCCAUCGGGAACGAAGCAUGACACACUCCUUCACGAACGGAGACGAGUCUUGUGGUGGAUUGUAUAUAGCUUCGAUAGCGGAUUCAGUCUGACCACUGGCCGUCCCGUCAUGGCCUCCGAUUCAUUCAUCGAGACUCGACUGCCACGGAACAUAGAUGACUCGAAAUACUCUAUGGACUCAACCGUGCCCGCACCGGUUGACCAUCCUACGCACUACUCUGCUGUCAUCGCCCAGUCUCAGCUUGCAUCCAUUAGCAAUCAAGUCUUUCACGAGCUGUUCUCAGCUACCGGCCAUGUCCCGUUUGACAUGAAGCUUCCACGGGGCAUAGAACAUCGCCUAAAAGUGUGGAGGCUAUCCCUCCCCGCCUACUUCUCUACGCAUAAUAUACCAGACUGGUUCCGCGGCCCGAGAGCGGUCGUUCUGUGGAAAGAGCAGAAUGUCCGCAUGCUGCUCUGGUGGGGAAGUCACCGAGUAUGCAAUUCCACGGCGGACCGGAAUGAAGCUCUGAAUGCCUGCGAGUACACCGCGAUGGAGACAAUCCAGAGCAUCAGUGCCUUUUGCAACGAGAGCCCUGACGCUCUACAUCCUGGCUUGACUUGGUACGCGACGUACUUUCUAUUCCAAGCAGCCCUUGUCCUGAAUAUCGUCCGUCUCCAAGAACCUUCAGUUCAAGCACCGGACAUAGGGAGAACCACUGAAGAGUUAUGGCUACUGUCGCUUACGCGCGCGCAUGAUUGCCUUGGCUCACUGAGCCAAUCGAGUAAACCUGCAUCUCGAUGCCUUGAGGUGUUGGAAAGGAUCAAACAGCGCUGUCAGUCACGACAACUCUCUUCACUGCCAGUGUCAACAUCCACGAGAGGAGCUCCUCCGAACUUUACUUCCAUCACCAGAAAUACCCUUCCUGACCUCCAACCAGCAACCUUUGCGGCAGAUCCCGCGCUGCAGAUAUUUCUGGAAAACACCUCUCUCGAGGCUGACCCGUUCGAGGGAAUCGAUGGCUUUCCGGGUACACAAGAGCUGGAGCUGUUUGAUUAUUUGCCAUUAAGCGCCUAUGGAGUGGGUGAGGGCGAGGGAUCCAUGCUUUUGACUUCCGGCACACAUCCGCCGUAA